AAGACGACAAAAUUUUAUCAGAGAAGAAGACGAAUUACCGCUUCUAGGUUCCAUUCUCAGAUCAGCAGGAUACAGGUUUCUUGAUCAACAAUAACACUGUUAAAUUUAAGGUGUAUAUAUUUUUAUAUUACAAUAGAUAGAAAUGAUGAGCAUGCAGAAACGUUCAUAUACAUUACCAAAAAAUAACGCAAGAUACAAUGGAAAGCUCAAAGAUAUAUUAUCUAUAUCAUCCCGUCAUAAACCUGAAGGAAAAAUAGCAGAACCUGAUUUGGCUAAUAUUCCAUUGAUAAGACAAAGUGAUAAUGCUAGACUACUACUGAAAUACACUACAAUUUUAGCAAAAUCUGGGGAUGAUGGUGUUUCCAUGGACGACUUAGAUCAACUCCAGCAAGACUUGGAAAAACUUUUAUCAACUAGUGCCCUGAGAACCAGAUAUUUGCUAGCAGAAAUUGGAGAAAUAGAUAGAAAUGAUGGGGGACAUGAUCGAAAAGCUCAUGAUAAAACUUCCCUCAAGAGAAAACGUCCAGAUGAAAAACCUAAAUUCAAGGAUCUAAAAAAUGGUAUGAGGGUAAUUAAGAAACAUGGGUUGACUGUAAAUAAGCUGAUUGGUGAUCCACAUCAAGACAUACCUAAAGUCACUCUACCCAAAAAUGAUAAUUCAGAUAAAUUUUGGGCUUCCAUUGAACCAUUUUGUGCAAAUGUUACGAAAGAUGACAUGGCAUUUCUAGAUAAUGUUAUCCAGGAGUUUUCAAAGGAAAUUGACAUACAAGUUCCUGAAGUUGGAGAUCAUUAUGCAAAUGGUUGGUCAGAAGAAAUUAUCAACGACGAACAAAAUUUGGGAAAGUCUCCAAUGAAAAAAGGAACAGCAACAGUUGAUAUUAAGAAAAAUGGUCUGCACGCAAUGGUGGAAACUUUUUCAACACCUCAGACCCAGAAGCUUUUGGCAGCAUUAUUAGAAGAAAGAGUGCUGAAUAGUCUCCCAAAAAAUGGAGAGAAUGGUACCAAACCUUGUAAACUAAAAUCUUCAGAAUUUUCAAAACUCAAAACGUCAAGCACUAGUCAGAAAAUGGGAAUGUGUUUGGAUAGACGGCUGAAGAAGGAACUUAUUGAACAAGGCAUAAUUACCAUGGAAGAUUUGGCAAAGAAUAUGCCAGAAGAUGAAAUUCUUGCUGAAAUAAAGAAAUGCCAACAAGAACUAACAACUGUGAAUGAAUAUAAUAUUGAAGAGUUGAAUAAACUGAAAACUAUUGUUAUGAAUGAUCUGCAUUCUAACGAGUUGAAAGAAGAGUUACAGAAAGUGGAUAAACAGGUUU